UUCCCACACAAAACCUCCACUUCACCUCUUCUUCAUCAUAAAUCAUAACCCUAAUAAAAAAAAUCUCAUCAUCAUCUUCUCCGGCGAGACACUGAGAAGUUCGAUGGCGGAGAACGGCGGCGGAGAUGGCCGGAGAUCGUGGUGUUCGGUCCCGGAGAGGCUCCAACUUCACGCGGCGAUGCUCGCCUUGCAGUUCGGAUACGCCGGUUUCCAUGUCGUGUCUAGGGCAGCUCUCAACAUGGGCAUUAGCAUGCUCGUUUUCCCCGUCUACCGUAACAUCAUCGCCUUGCUUCUUCUCCUCCCUUUCGCUUACUUCCUCGAAAAGAAGGAGAGGCCAGCGAUUAACCUCAAGUUCCUCACUCAGUUCUUCCUUCUAGCCCUCGUUGGAAUAACUGCAAAUCAAGGGUUUUACUUGCUCGGAUUGGACAACACAUCUCCGACAUUUGCUUCUGCAAUUCAGAACUCUGUUCCUGCGAUUACCUUUCUCAUGGCUGCUCUUCUCAGGAUCGAGAAAGUUCGACUGGACAGAAGAGACGGUAUCUCCAAAGUUCUUGGGACUGCACUUUGUGUCGCCGGAGCAUCGGUGAUCACACUCUACAAGGGCCCCACCAUAUACUCUCCAACAAAACAUCUGAACCACGGCCUGGCCACGGCUCGAGCCAACACGUUCGGCCGGCUCGGUGACGCUGCGCCGAAGAACUGGACGUUGGGUUGCAUCUACUUGAUCGGGCACUGCCUCUCGUGGUCCGGAUGGCUCGUGCUUCAGGCUCCGGUGCUCAAGACUUACCCGGCUAGGCUCUCGGUGACGUCAUACACUUGCUUCUUCGGUAUCAUUCAGUUCUUGAUCAUCGCUGCUUUUGCGGAGAGAGAUUUACAAGCUUGGAGCUUUCAUUCUGGAUGGGAGCUCUUCACCAUCCUCUACGCCGGUGUGGUCGCAUCUGGAAUUGCAUUUGCAGUUCAGAUUUGGUGCAUCGACAGAGGGGGCCCGGUGUUUGUCGCAGUUUAUCAACCGGUUCAGACCCUCGUCGUCGCAAUUAUGGCUUCGAUCGCUUUGGGUGAAGAAUUUUACUUGGGCGGGAUCAUUGGAGCUGUCUUGAUCAUAACUGGUCUCUACUUCGUUUUAUACGGGAAGAGCGAGGAGAGGAAAUUCGCUGCGUUGGAGAAGGCAGCCAUCCAGUCCAUCUCGGAGCACGGAAUCGAUCGUGCACCUUCAAGCCACGUCGUCAGGACAUCUCUCGCUGCUCCGCUUCUGCCUCAGUCAACCGACCACGUUUGACCAACUAAAAAAAGCAAAGGAUCUAUGAUUGUGUCUUAAAGCAAUGGAGUUCAUGGAAUGUGGGAUCUUUAUUUUUAUCUUUAUUAAAAAAAAUCUAAAAAAGGUUUUUUUUUUUGGGAAAAAAAGUGAGGUUUUUGAAAUGUAGUGAGACAUCAUUAUCUUAUGGGCUUUUGGUGGCAAAGACGAUGAUGAUCUUUAUUAUGAGUGGAAACUUAUGUGGGGCCAGUGAGAAGAAUAUCAAUUAGUUUGGUUUUUGUUUAAUUUCUUGUGGUUUCUUUUUUGGAAUAUAACGAUAUAAUUAUCCAA